AAUCCAAUGGGAGCCUGUAAAAGACGUGAUCGCUCGCGGAGCUGUGCCGUACCUCUUUAAAGCCCCACAUGGAAAGGCUAGGUGGAGAGUGGUUCAAACAGCCCCUGCCCAUUACCCCACGGUGGGAAGAAAUUGGCCGAAUUACUAUUUCAUCAACCGGAUUAGAAGACGUGGUAAAUGGUCUCCCUGAUCACCAGACCUUAGCCCCCUUGACUUCUUUUUCUUGGGUGUGCUAAAGGAGUAUUCAUUGGAAUCACAGCGUGAAAUCUGAAUAUCUCCCAAUGGAGGAUGGUGAGCAAAGGAAAUCGUGGCUUAUAAGAAAAGACCACUAAGGGUCAAUAUAUAAUCUAGAACAUAAUCCUUUCCAGAGGCAGCAUCACCUUUGUCCCAACUGAAGCACAGGCUAGAACAAAGUCCUAGCCUGUGGAAGUGAUGGUGGGACUAUUACUCCCCUGUGCUCACUCCUGUCCUAUCAGACUGCAGCAUUAAAACAGAGAGGAGGGGGUUACAGAGCAGCCUGUAGUGAUUGGAUGAAGAGACCCAGCACAGCACAGCAGACUCAAAGAGGAAGUGAAUGCAUGGGUGUCACCAUGUGAUCCAUGUGAGGAGGAACUCUGGGAGAAGGAGCAGAAAGAUGCUGAGCUGGACAAAAAGAUCAAAGCCUUAAAGAAAAAGAAUGAAGCCCUUAUGCAAAGACAUCGGGAAAUAGAAGAGGACCGACUCCGAGCGGAGAAAGAUGGCAUGGCAGUCACAUCUCGCAGGCUGAAGCAAGACAGCCUCACCAUUACAAUCACGAAAACUCCAAAUGUGAAAAGAAUUGUAAGAAAGGGUCGGAGAAGCUCCGACAGCACCGAACAGAAGUUCACGUUACUCAUGGGGAAUGAGAUGCAGCUGUCUGUUUCUAUGGACAGUAAAGUAGAGGGCAAGGCAAUGAAUAGUAAGAAGACUGAACCGGAUGUUUUAUUUCUGACAAGUAAAACUUCUAAGGACGUCCUUACCAUCGGCAGAGGUCCUCAUAUGCAGAUUGCAAUUUCCAGACAAAAAGACAUUGCGGUACCAAACAUAGAGAGGAGGAGAGAGAAAGCCAAGAAAAGGUGCAAAACAGAACAAAGCAAAGAGCCUGGCGACAAGUGUGAGUUGGGCGGCUCUGACUACCCUCCGACCAUCUCAGCAGUGGAGCAGAGCGAGUACUUGGAGUGGAAGAAAGAGCGGGAAAAAGUUGACCAUGAACGUCUAGCCCGGCAAAAGAAUUCCAAAGGAGAGUGGCGGCGUACCUGGGAUAAAGGGAAGAAAGAUGAAGCGUCUGAAAGUGAUAUGUGCUACAUUGACACGGUCCCCAUUGCAUUCUGCAGCAGGAGAGGAGACUGGGGAAGGAGGAUGCAGUGCAGAGAAAACGAGACUGAAAAGAAAGGUGCUGGAAGACAGAACUGUAAUGAAAAGACCCUCAGGAUGAUGAAUACCAUGAGUAGCAGAGCAAAGGGAAAAGACCGUCUUACCGGUAGAGCCCAAAGAUGGUAUAGCAUAGAACACGAAGACGCUUCUUAUUUGCCUGAGGACUUUGUUGUUCAGAAAAGUCUUGAAGAUAAAGUCACCGAUAAACAUCCAGAAGGGAAUUUCAAAGAAGAUGAAUUUUUAAACAAGGAAAAACUGAACGUUCCCGUCCAAAAUAAUUCAUUGGGAAAUGAAGAAAAAAUAGUUUUUGCAAAUGAGAAAAUGCUGCCUGAAAGUAAACAGGAUGUUCCGUUUCAUGGGAAGAAAAUGGAAGUAAGAAGCAAUGAUGUACUCUCAGAGGGUCGGGAAAUGAUAGAGUAUCUGUCUGUGCUGAGCUGUGACGGCGAACCUUCUCAGAACUCUGCCGAAUUACAGCACGAGCAAAGAAGCUCAUGAUCUUAGAGGUAUAGAGUGCUCCACUAAGGGUUAAUUAACUUACAGCAGAUUUACUGCAGACAUUUUCUGCAAAUGUCCCAUUUAUCUCAAUGGAGCUGGCAGAAAAACCGAGCACAUGCUGCAGUUCAACCCUAUUCACUCAUAUGGAAAAGAUUUUAAAGG